UUUCUUGAAAGGAUUAUUGACUCUUUUUGCUACUACAUAAAUGAAAGUUGUUCAUUUGUAUUUAUGUUCAUUUCAAUUUAAACAAAAGAAGCCUGGUUGCUGAUUUUUUUAAAAUGUGCUCUUAAAGCGUAUAUCAAAAGAAACUAUGUUCCAACUUCCUGUCAACAAUCUUGGCAGUUUAAGAAAAGCCCGGAAAACUGUGAAAAAAAUUCUUAGUGACAUUGGGUUGGAAUACUGUAAAGAACACAUAGAAGACUUUAAACAGUUUGAACCUAAUGACUUUUAUUUGAAAAACACCACGUGGGAGGAUGUAGGACUGUGGGACCCUUCACUUACAAAGAACCAGGAUUACCGGACAAAACCUUUCUGCUGCAGUGCUUGUCCAUUUUCUUCAAAAUUCUUCUCUGCCUACAAAAGUCAUUUUCGGAAUGUUCAUAGUGAAGACUUUGAAAAUAGGAUUCUCCUUAAUUGCCCCUACUGUACCUUCAAUGCAGACAAAAAGACUCUGGAAACACACAUUAAGAUAUUUCAUGCUCCAAACGCCAUCGCGCCAAGUAGCAGCCUCAGCACUUUCAAAGAUAAAAGCAAAAAUGAUGGCCUUAAACCCAAGCAGGCUGAGAGUGUAGAGCAAGCUGUUUAUUACUGUAAGAAGUGCACUUACCGAGAUCCUCUUUACGAAAUAGUUAGGAAGCACAUUUACAGGGAACAUUUUCAGCAUGUCGCAGCACCUUACAUAGCAAAGGCAGGUGAAAAGUCACUCAACGGUGCAGUCCCCCUGGGCUCCAGUGCCCGGGAAGAGGGUAGUAUUCACUGCAAGCGAUGCCUUUUCAUGCCAAAGUCCUAUGAAGCUUUGGUUCAGCAUGUCAUCGAAGACCACGAGCGCAUAGGCUAUCAGGUCACUGCCAUGAUCGGGCACACAAAUGUGGUAGUUCCCCGAGCCAAACCUCUGAUGCUCAUUGCUCCCAAACCUCAAGAGAAGAAGGGCCUGGGACUGCAGUCACGAAUCGGUCCUCUUGCUUCCGGAAGUGUUAGAUCGUUGCCAUCCCAGCAGAUGGUGAAUCGACUCUCAAUACCAAAGCCUAACUUGAAUUCUACAGGCGUCAACAUGAUGUCCAAUGUGCACCUCCAGCAGAACAACUAUGGGGUCAAAUCUGUAGGGCAGGGCUAUGGCGUCGGUCAGUCGAUGCGGUUGGGCCUGGGUGGCAACGCCCCCGUUUCCAUCCCUCAGCAGUCGCAGUCUGUGAAACAGUUGCUGCCAAGUGGAAACGGAAGGUCCUACGGGCUUGGGGCGGAGCAGAGGUCCCAGGCCCCGGCCAGAUACUCCCUGCAGUCGGCCAACGCCUCUUCGCUCCCGUCGGGCCAGCUAAAGUCCCCUUCCCUCUCCCAGUCCCAGGCCUCCCGAGUGCUGGGUCAGUCCAGUUCCAAACCAGCCGUGGCUGCCACGGGGCCGCCUCCGGGCAACACUUCCUCGACUCAGAAGUGGAAAAUCUGUACAAUCUGUAACGAGCUUUUUCCAGAAAAUGUCUAUAGCGUGCACUUCGAGAAAGAACACAAGGCAGAGAAAGUCCCGGCGGUCGCAAACUACAUUAUGAAAAUACACAAUUUCACUAGCAAAUGCCUGUACUGCAACCGCUACUUGCCCACCGAUACCCUGCUCAACCACAUGCUGAUUCACGGGCUGUCCUGCCCCUACUGCCGCUCGACCUUCAACGACGUGGAGAAGAUGGCCGCCCACAUGCGGAUGGUUCACAUUGACGAGGAGAUGGGCCCGAAGACGGAUUCCACCCUGAGCUUCGACCUGACGCUGCAGCAGGGCAGUCACACCAACAUCCAUCUCCUGGUGACCACGUACAACCUGAGGGAUGCCCCCGCCGAGUCCGUUGCCUACCAUGCCCAGAACAACCCACCCGUCCCUCCCAAGCCACAGCCCAAAGUACAGGAAAAGGCAGACAUCCCCGUCAAAAGUUCGCCUCAAGCUGCAGUGCCCUAUAAGAAGGAUGUGGGGAAAACCCUCUGCCCGCUCUGCUUUUCGAUCCUGAAAGGACCCAUCUCUGAUGCACUUGCCCACCACCUGCGAGAGAGGCACCAAGUGAUCCAGACAGUCCACCCGGUGGAGAAGAAGCUCACCUACAAGUGCAUCCAUUGCCUUGGUGUGUAUACCAGCAACAUGACGGCCUCCACCAUCACCCUGCAUCUGGUGCACUGCAGGGGUGUGGGAAAGACCCAGAACGGCCAAGACAAGGCGGCCGCCCCCUCUCGGCUUAAUCAGUCGCCAGGCCUGGCACCCGUGAAGCGCACUUACGAGCAGAUGGAGUUUCCCUUGCUGAAGAAGCGAAAGUUAGAUGAUGAUCGCGACUCCCCCAGCUUCUUUGAAGAGAAGCCCGAGGAGCCUGUUGUGUUAGCUUUAGACCCUAAGGGUCACGAGGAUGAUUCCUACGAGGCCAGGAAAAGCUUCCUCACUAAGUAUUUCAACAAGCAGCCCUAUCCCACCCGGAGAGAAAUUGAGAAACUGGCAGCCAGCUUAUGGCUGUGGAAGAGUGACAUUGCCUCCCACUUCAGCAACAAGAGGAAGAAGUGUGUCCGAGACUGUGAAAAGUACAAGCCCGGGGUCCUGCUGGGCUUCAACAUGAAAGAGUUAAACAAAGUCAAGCACGAGAUGGAUUUUGAUGCCGAGUGGCUCUUUGAGAACCAUGAUGAGAAGGACUCCAGGGUCACGGCUAGUAAAACCGCUGACAAAAAGCUCAACCUUGGGAAGGAAGAGGACAGUUCCUCAGACAGCUUUGAAAACUUAGAAGAAGAAUCCAAUGAGAGUGGUAGCCCCUUUGACUCUGUUUUUGAAGUUGAGCCUAAGAUCCCCAGUGAUAACCCGGAGGAGCACAUGCCGAAGGUCAUUGCCGAGGAUGCGUUGGAGGCUGAGGAGAAGCUAGACCAAAAAGAGGAGGAGGAGGGCUCCAAGUACGAAGCGAUCCACUUGGCUGAGGAACCUGCCAAGCCAGUGCGCGACGCAUCCGACAGCGAGGUCGACCAGGAUGACAUGGAGUGGAAGGAUGGUGCCUCCCCACUGGAGAGCGGGCCUGGGUCCCAGCAGGCCUCAGACUUUGAGGACAAUGCGUGUGAGAUGAAACCAGAUACCUGGUCCGAUGACUCUUCCCAGAGCGAGGACGCCAGGAGCAGUAAGCCGGCUGCCCAAAAAAAGGCUCCCCUGCAGGGCGACGGAGAGCAGCUGAAAUGGAAGAAUAGUUCCUAUGGAAAAGUCGAGGGCUUUUGGUCCAAGGACCAGUCACAGUGGAAGACGGCGUCCGAGAAUGAGGAGCGCUUGUCCAGCCCCCAGAUCGAGUGGCAGAACAGCACCAUCGACAGCGAGGACGGAGAGCAGUUCGACAGCAUGCCGGACGGGGUGGCCGAGCCCAUGCACGGCGGCCUAGCCGGGGUCAAGCUCAGUAGCCAGCAGGCAUAAGCGGCGGCCCCCCGGCGCCGGAACCCUGUCCUCUCGGUGUGACUGCACAGCUCUGGUCAUGCUGGUACUGCCUUCUGAAUGCUAGGUCAUUGGGCUGGUGGGACACGCGGCCACUUCAGUCCCAGUGCUUGACUAAGUCUUUGACACAUGGUUGGCUGAUCUUGCCUCAGUACUUAUCGUGACCGAUAACAGUAACUAAAUGUGAAAAAAAACAAAAACAGAAAAAAAAAAAACGUUAAGCUGGUGGCUCAUGAACGCACACAAGAAAAGCAGAGGUUUAUUUUAUCUGCCUUUUCAAAAAACAUUUCUUCCCUCUGUAAAAUGUUCGGUUGAAUGUUCUUGCGAAGCGUUACUCUGAUUCACACGGUAGUGUAGGGCCAACAUUCAAGCUACCAGUCUAAUGUGUAUAGUAGACUUUGGGGAAAUCAAUUUUUUUUUUCAUGUAUUCAUUCUGAAUAGUUGAAAUGUAUAUUUGUACAGUCUUUUAGACCUAUUCAAGUGAUGCUUAUGAUAUUGUUACUGUGUACCCAUCAUAGAUUUCUUUUUUUAGUGAUGCCCUUGCUAUGUAAUAAACGCUGUAUCUAGUUUACCUAGCAAAAAGCUUGAAACUGCGCUAGUAUGGACUUUUGAACAGACUUAGUUUUUGCACAUAACCUUGUACAAUCUUGCAACAGAGGCCAGCCACAUAAGAUAUAUAUAUAUAUAUAUCUGGACUCUCUUGUAUUAUAGACUUUUUCUUGUUCGGAAUAUCCUUGACAUUACAGCUGAUAAACAAAAACUGGUAUAUCAGAUCUGUUUUCUGAAACCUUUUAAGCUAAAAAAAAAAAAAACAUUCGAGAAUUGACUAAUUUUGACACCUUUUAGAUCUGUAUGAAAGUGUGUUGUGUUGACGCAGCAAACCAAUGACUGCUGCACUUUGGAUAUUGAGUUUUUUCUUUAGUUACACACCACCCUGGUGUAUUCAUUUAUACCAUCUAAUAUAUGACACACUGUUGUAGUAUGUAUAAUUUUGUGAUCUUUAUUUCCCUUUGUAUUCAUUUUAAGCAUCUAAAUAAAUUGCUGUAUUGUGCUUAAUGUAAAUAUUUGCUUUAUUACACAUUACAGUUCUGUGUGUCCAUCCCGUCUGGUGCAGCGGACGCCAGGGCGCUCCUCAGCGGAGAUGGACGGACGCCGUCGCCGAGGAGCCUUGGGCGUGGCCCGGAUCUCUGCUGGCGUGAGGGGCGCUCGCUCUCAAGGCACCUGUUACGGAUCCUUUGUUUUGUUUUCCUUCUGCUAAAAUAAACAUCCUUGAGUUUU